AUGUCUGAACUCGUUAUCGGCCAGACGAUCCAGCUCUCCGAUGGCCGGCUUGCUACGGUCCGCUUUGUAGGGCAACCUCACUUCGCAACAGGAGAAUGGGUCGGGGUUGAACUCGAAGAUGAUAGUGGCAAGAACGAUGGAAGCGUGCAAGGGGAGAGAUAUUUCGAGUGCGAAAUGGGACGGGGGAUGUUUCUUCGGCCGUCGGCUGUCAAGGUCAUCGCACAGCCAGCAGCUACGACGAAGCCGGCAGCGAUAAAGAGGGUUUCCAGGCCAAGUAGUGUCAUAGCCCCAGCUGGGGGGAGGCGGAUGAGCUCUGUGCCAGAUACAGCGACGGCGAAACGUAUGAGCAUGAAUGCAGCGAGUCCAAGUCCUGCCACCCGGGGCUCUCGCCCUUCAAGUUUGAUACGAUCGCCCACAAAAUCUCCUACGAAACAGCUGUCUGCAGCCUCAUCGGCAGUGCCGACCCCGAGAACUGGCACCCCUUCCAAUGCUCGAAUAUCGUCUACCUCGUCAGCCAAGCCACAACCUGCUGUCCGUCCCAACCGCACUUCUAUGGGGCCGCCGUCCUUACCAGCAUCACGCACAAGACCACCUGUCGGGGCAGGUCUGGGGGCAGGAAGUAGAACAUCUGUACCUGCUGGUAGAACUACGAGCAACCGAACAUCUUUGGCGCCAAAACCAAGGCUUCGCCCUGGAGCUGACCGUGUGAGCUCUAUAGGAAGUCAGCUAAGUGGUGGUCAGACCAGUGAAGGUAGCGGACAAGACACCGGUGAUGAAGACCGAGUUGGUUCGCCGCUCAAGGGCGGUAGGGCGGAUGGCUUGCCAACGAAGCCAACCAGCCCGUUGUUGACACGAGCUUCUGCUUUGGAACGCCAGCAAGGAUCACCUGCUUCAUCGCGCAGCACAGCAUCACCAGUAACUCAGAGAGGAUCAGCGGCAAGUACAGCAGCCAGCCGCGAGAUCGAAUCCCUGAAGGCGAAACUUCGUGUCAUCGAAAACAAACGCCUGGAGGACAGAGAAAAGCUGAACAAUCUGGAGAAAGUCCAUGCCGAUAAAGAAAGAUAUGAGGCUAUAGUAAAAAUGCUUCAGAGCAAGGCCCAAAAACAACACGAGGAGAUUUCGGACCUCCGAAGGCAACUCGAGGAGUCUGCAGCAAGAUUUGAACAGAUUGAGAACAUACAAGCAGAGCACGAUAUUGUGCUUGAGAUGGCUACUCUUGAUAGGGAGAUGGCAGAGGAGCAUGCAGAAUUCUACAAGGUAGAGAAUGAGGCUUUGAAGGAAAAGACGCAGGAACUUGAAUUGGAAGUGGAGGUGCUGAGAGAGGAAAACGCUGAGCUUGAGGGAGAGAUGAGCCCGGAAGAGAAGGCCAGCCAAGGAUGGCUCCAGAUGGAGCGGGAAAAUGCUAGAUUGAGAGACGCUGUCGUGAUGCUCCGUGACUUGACGCGCCAGAAGGAGCUGGAGCUCAAUGCUGACGUUGAAAGUCUGCGGAAAGACCUGGAAGAAUUCGACUCGAUCAAGGAAAAUUAUGAACUCGUGAAGGAGAAGGUCGCACAUACCGAAGCUAUAGUUGAAGACUUACGGCAGCAGCUUGAUGCCGCUCUAGGAGCUGAAGACAUGAUCGGGGAAUUGGCCGAUUCCAAGAUGACCCUAGAAGAAGAGAAGAAGGAAUUUGAGGCCAAGCUUGAGGAGCUUGAAAUGCUCAAAGAAGUCAGCGAUGAACUUGAAAUUAACUUUGUCGAGGAUCAGAAAGAGCUGCUAGCAGAGCUUGAACUUAGGGAUAGCGUCAUAAGUGAGCAAAAUCGUCGUGCAGCUGAGCGGGAAGAGGCACUGGAAGAUAUGGAGUACACAUUAUCACGUUUCCGGGAACUCGUGAAAGGCCUGCAAAGCGAUUUGGAGGAUAUGAAGGCAUCACACGAAGUGACCGAGACGGAAUCCGAACAACUCAACAACCGCUCGCGUGCAAUGAUGGACUUGAACAUGAAGCUUCAAGUAUCUGCUGCAAAGACUCAAGUCAAGACGAUCGACCUAGAACUUCGACGAUUAGAUGCUCAGGAGGCUUCAGAGCACUUGGCUAUUGUGCAACUGUUCUUACCAGACGCGUUCCACUCUGACAGGGACUCAGUUUUGGCAUUGUUGAGAUUCAAGCGAGUGGGCUUCAAGGCAAAUCUCCUGCAUGGCUUUGUCAAGGAAAGGGUCACUGGGCAGUUACCUAUUGGACAUGAAGAAAGCAUAUUUUCGGCAUGCGACGUUCUGGAUAAGCUUUCUUGGGUCACAGCCAUGUGCGAUCGUUUUGUCUAUGCCAUAAGUCACUGCUCGACUGAGGAGUUUGUCAAAUUCGAGGGUGCCUUAUAUGAGCUUGAACCUGUUGAGAGGGCCCUCAAUGGCUGGAUCGACGGUCUACGGCGUGACGAGCUCAAGGAGGGGCAAUGUGCCAGUGAGCUUCAGCGUACCAUCGCGUUGAUGUCGCAUCUCGCCGAAGUACACAUUUCGGUUGGCCUGGCCAGUUAUGCCGACGAAAUUCACAUGCGCACCCUAAUCAUGCAAAGCCAUCUAGAGAAUGCUGCCGCGGCAAUGUCGGCAGUACGAGUUAUGGUUCAAACUGUUGUGCCAAGUCAAGGCGAUGACGAUGAACAUUCUGGGCACUUUUCUAGGAAGACCGAAUCUGUCAUCGCAUCUACUCGUAGCGCCAAAGUAGUUAUCGGGAAAGCUGUGAGGGCUUUAGAAGAUCUCAAAAGCCGCUCGCUAUCCUUAACCCCAGACACUAUCCAGACCUUUGAACAAUGCGAACUGGCCACCGAAGAAUUGGCUAGAUUUUCGCGCCAAGUGGGCUCCGAUCUGUGUACUGUGCUACAUGAGGAAGGACGAACCGAACCUUUUACUUACCUAGAAGUUCAAACCUCUGUCCACGGGACCACGAGUUCGGUUUUUGCCUCUGUCGAGUCUGACCUAUUUUCCACCUACUCCAAUAAGCUAAGAACAUUGACCGGUUCUCUGAUGGAUCUUGCCGCUUUGGCAUCUGAUCUAGAAAUGACUCAAGAGUUCGAGCGGGCCCCAGCCCCAUGGGUUCUCCGUUCUCAGGAAUUAAGAUCCUCCAAGAGGGUAACCGUCGACGUUGAAGAAGAAAUGCGCCGCUUGAAGGACGACAACCAUGAGCGGGCACGAUUAAUCGCCAUGCGGGACCAAACUCUAGAGGAGGCAUCAGUGAAGAUUGAGCUACUCGAGAGCCGCAUGCGGGAUGCCGCCAAGAAGAAUGAGCGGAUCACCGAACUUGAGAAGAGGAUCGAAGAUGCCAAGAAGCGAGAGUCUGAGUUAACGGAAUCAAUCGAGACUCAGAACAAAGAGUUGACAUCUCUUGAUGCCGACCGAGAGCAGUGGAAAAAGGUCGCGGAAGAUACAAAAGCGCUAGGAAUUGCAGCACCAGGUUCAAAGGAUGGUCAAGAGCGAGCCGUCGCUACUGCCCGGGAAAUGGAAGCUCUGAAAACCGAGAUCGCAAGUCUGCAAGCUGCUGUCCGCUAUUUGCGUGAGGACAAUAGACGUGCACGCCUCAGCGAUCCCCAAGGACUCGACUGGCUUGAGGAGCCGUUGACGAAGCCAAUCUCUAAGGAAGAUCAACGCAAGGCCCUAGUCGUUGCCGAAGGACAGGAGGUCCUCAAUGAACUUCUUAAUCUCACUACCAAGGCUAAAGUAUAUGACCUUAGCACCAUGCCCAGCAACAGGCUGGCAUGGCGACCGGUCAAGUCUACGCCACAAUACCACGCGGCAAAGCAGAGGGAAGAUUAUGAAGCUUGGAGCAGCUGGAAGGAAGCGGUGGUGAAGAAGGCACAUGUUCUCACUGAACGAGAUGCCAAUCGCGGGAUAGAGAAGAGGAAGCGUGGAGGUAAUAUCGCUGCGAAGGUUACGCUUAGGCUGCCUGCUUUGGAGAUCAAGGGAGCAGGGAGGGGCAAGGAAGUUGAGAUUGUAAAUCCAGAUGACUUCGAGGACUUCAGGGGAAGGUUAGGAUUUGUAUAA